CUCACUCUUUCUGAAUCAUGCGUCUGUCCUGGAUUCUGCUGUUGACCUCAGUGUGUGUGGUGUGUGCUGAGUCUCCGCCUCGCGCUCUGUGGCAGUUUGGUGAAUUGAUCACUUGCGUGCAGCCGAAAGUGAAUCCGUUCCUUUACAACAACUAUGGAUGUUACUGUGGGUUUUCUGGAUCUGGCUCUCCUAAAGACCAUAUUGAUCAGUGCUGUCUGGUGCAUGAUAAGUGCUAUGAGAACGCUAGGAAACUUCCAGAAUGUCCUGGUUUAGCCAACCUGCCAUAUAUCAAAGUGUACAAAUUCACCUGCUCUGAUAAAACCAUCACCUGCUCAGCCUCCAACGAUAAAUGCCAGGCCACGGUGUGUGAGUGUGACCGAGUUGCUGCAAACUGCUUCUCUCAGUAUCAUCACACUUACAACCCCGGCAAUAAAAACCUCCCAAAUGAAGAGUGCAAGAACUGAGACACCCAACCUGGAGACUGAACACUGCAUCGACUCCACCUCAACCAACUAAACACCACAGUAACACUGUCUCUGUCAACUAAACACCAAGUGCACAGAAAGAAUAAAUAAUAAAGCAACAACUCUGA